AUGGCCGGCCGCCACGCGCCGCACCUCCGCCUGGCCGUGCCGCCGCGGCUCUCCGCGCACCCUUCCUUCCGCUUCCCCUCCACGCCGCUCCCCACGCCGUCCAAGACCCGGCUCCACGCCUCUUCCUCCCCGCCGCCGUCCCCCUACGCCGCCGCGCUGCUCCGCCUCCUCGCGCUCCACUCCCUCUUCCUCCUCGCCCCCGCCGCCCGCGCGCUCCCGUCCCUGCCCGCCCUCCUCGCGCUGCCCCCGCUCCUCGCCCUCCUCUCCGCCGCCGUCGCGCUCCUCCUCCCCGCCGCCGCCUUCUCCUCCUCGUCAUCCUCCUCCUCCAAGAGCCAGCCCCACCCCUUCCCCGCCGUCGCCCUCCUCCUCCGCCCCGCCGCCCUCCUCGCGCUCUCCCUCCUCCUCCGCUUCGCCUCCCUCCGCCUCCUCGCCUCCCCCGGCGUCCUCGUCCUCGCGGAAUCAGCCGGCGCCCUGCUCGCCCGCGCCCUCCGCCGCCCCUCCCGCCGCCGCGUCCUCUCCGUCGCCGUCGCCUCCUUGGCGCUCUUCUUCGCCUCCCCUUCCCCCUCCGUGCUCCUCGCUCUCCCCUUCGCCUCUGGCCUUGUCUCGUCCGCCGACCAAACAGCCUCCGUGCGGCAUGUCACCCGGAGCCGCCAUGCCCGCGCGGCGGCCUUUGCCCUCGCCGCCUCCUUCCUCUCGGUGCCUGCGCUUGUGUGCCUCUUCUUCGUCGGCGACAGCGACGCCGCCGUCGCGGAUGGAGCUGUGCCAACCAGCCAGCUCUUGUGGCUACUCCUCAAUGCCGCCGUCUUCGGCAUGGUCUUGGGACGGCGGCCGGAUUACGACGGCAGUAGCAGCAGGCCAAGCAUGGAUUUCGCAAUGACUUUCUUGUGCACUCUUGUGCUAGAGCUGGUGUUCUACCCGAAGCUGUCCUUACCAGGCUUCUUGAUCUGUGGAUUGCUGCUGUGGAUCGCCAGUCGGGAGCUGGCCACUGCAGGAUAUGUGGAGCUGGGGAGCGCAGAUUUGUCCGAAUCUGUGUAUGACGCGGUCAUGGGGCCGAUCCGGCAUAUCCUGAGUGAACGCAAGUCGAGGAAGAUUGCUGCUUUUCUGCUGAUUAACACAGCUUACAUGUUUGUGGAGUUCACCAGUGGGUUCAUGAGCGACAGUCUUGGGCUGAUCUCGGACGCUUGCCAUAUGUUGUUUGAUUGUGCAGCACUGGCAAUUGGACUCUAUGCAUCCUACAUUGCAAGGUUGCCUGCAAAUGGAUUGUACAACUACGGAAGGGGCAGGUUCGAGGUGCUGUCUGGGUAUGUCAAUGCAGUGUUCUUGGUUCUUGUGGGAGCGUUGAUUGUGCUGGAGUCAUUUGAGAGGAUUCUUGAGCCCCGAGAGAUAUCAACCAGUAGUCUAUUAGCAGUUUCAAUAGGGGGACUUAUUGUUAAUGUCAUUGGGCUGAUUUUCUUUCAUGAGGAGCACCAUCAUGCACACGGUGGUAGCUGUUCUCACUCCCAUUCCCACUCUCACUCUCAUUCACAUUCACAUUCCCACUCGCACACCCAGGCACAUCUUCAUGGGCAUGAGGAUCAUCACAAUCAGGAUCAUGUCCAUCAGGGUGUUAACCACAAUGGGGCAUGUUGUGAGCAUCAUGGAGAUGCAAAUAAGAGCCAUCACCAUGACCACAACCAUGAUGGUAACAAUGAGGAGAGCCAUCACAGCAGCCUAAAGGAGAACUCCUGCAAUGAGAAGCAUAGUCAUUGCCAUGGCCAUGAGCAUCAUCAUCAUGACCAUUCAGAACAUCACGAGCAAAGUGGAGUUCAUGCUCAUCAAGAUUGUAGCAAUAUUAACAGUGAUCCAGCAAUCCUUGAGAUUCCCCUGAACAGUAUACAUUCUCAUUGCUCGGAAUCUCACUCUUGCAAUGGAGGAUUACAGUCAUCAGAAAACCAUAAUAAGUCGAGAAACAGACAUCACAUUGACCAUAACAUGGAAGGCAUCUUCUUACAUGUUCUAGCUGACACAAUGGGAAGCGUUGGUGUUGUGAUAUCAACCUUACUAAUCAAGUACAAGGGAUGGCUGAUAGCAGAUCCCAUAUGCUCAGUAUUUAUUUCAAUAAUGAUAGUUUCUUCUGUCCUUCCUCUGUUGAGGAAUUCUGCUGAAAUUUUGUUGCAAAGAGUUCCGAGGAGUCACGAGAAGGACAUAAAGGAAGCUUUGGAUGAUGUUAUGAAGAUUAAAGGUGUUAUUGGAGUCCACAAUUUCCAUGUCUGGAACUUAACAAAUACAGAUAUUGUAGGCAGUUUUCACCUUCAUAUCACGGCGGAAGCUGAGAAAUCUUUUAUAAGAGAAAGAGCUUCGCAUAUAUUUCGCGAAGCUGGGAUUCAAGAUCUUACUAUCCAGAUUGAAUGUGUCAAGAGAUAGCAUUGCUUGUGGAUAAGAGUGACAGGAUUUGGCAUAGAUAGCGUGUUUAUGACUCUAGAGUUUGGCAUAGAGAACAUAUUUAUGGCUCCUGUUCUUAAUGUAGGAGCCAUUUUUUAAUGUAUCACGAAAAGGAGAUCAAAGUUGAAACAAUAAUCUGUUGGUAUUCAUUAUGGAGUUACAUAUUCUGUGCUGCAUACUUACCGUUAAAUCAAAUGUGUCUUGGUCAUUGGAUUAUAAAGGUCCUAACCCUUGUCGCAACUAUUGAUAUUGCUCCUUGACUUUGUUAGUCAAGCGGAAUUUCAGAACUCCUGGAGCUGCAUGUUUUCUGCUAUUU